GAAGUCUUAUUAGUUUGUGAAAAAUGUUCAAGCUUCAAUUAGCUUUCUCAGUGCUGUGCGUUUUGCUGUAUUUUUGUGCAGCUCAACCACAAAACCGUUCUCUUCUACUGUUUAAGGAAAUCGGAAGUCAGAUUGAAGGGAAUUCUUUACUAUUUUUGUUUGACAUUGAAAUGAUCCUAUUUAAGAUCUAUGCCGGCAAAGCGAUUUUAAAUGAUGGGAAACUAAGGCAAGAUUUGAUUAUUGGAUUGGGAAACUCUGAAGUUAAAAAAGAAAUGCAAGCACUGGCCAGUAGAUUUAGGAAAGCAUCAAGGGCGAAAUUCUGGAUGGCCAAUAGAGUUUUUGUGCCUCAGGAAAAGCCGCUUUCAAAGCAAAUAUCAAUGAUAUUCUCCUUGCUGAUGGCAAAUGCCAGGAAGCAUGAUUACGCCAAGGAUAUCCGAACCGCACGCACUGUCAACCAGUGGGUGUUGGAUAAUGUGGAUAGGGUAUUGACCGACUAUGCAAACGACAAAAGGGUGAAAAGAGCUAAGCAAUUGGUAGCCCUCAGUGGAAUGUCAGUAACUCCCCAAUGGAGUAUUCGUUUUAAAUCUCAAAUCAACAGAUAUUUUGCAGGCAGAUCAAAAGCGCCAAUAUGCGUGCCCAUGAUGCACUCUUUACUCAAAAUGGAAACAAUGGCCACGGACGAGGCCAAAGGUAUCUUUAUCAAAUUCGAAACCACAGACAUUGGCAUUUUGUUUCUUCUCCCGAGAAAGGGUGUAACUUGCCAGAAUGUAUUGGACAAUUUGGGCACACAGAUUAAUGCUGAACUGGACGAUCCCAUAGAUGUUAACUUAAUGAUACCCAUAUUCAAGGCGGAAUUUGAAUCGGACAUCAGUUCGAAGUUAGCAAACAUAAAUAUGGCCAAGGUGUUCAACGGUACGCAGUUCUAUUUGGAGUCUAACAUGAAAAUCGAUGAGUUUAUGCAAAAAACUAUGGUCGAAAUUAGACCCAGGAACAUUUUAAAUAAAGUGAAUGAUAUUGAUAUGCAGAACAUAACAACAUUCGAACUCAAUCGUCCAUUUGUCUUUGUCAUUAAGGAUAAAGAUUAUAUUUAUGCAGUUGGUCGAAUUGAUGACUUGGAAGGCCUGGCUUCUACAGGGAAUUGUUUAAAGAAAUAUUCCGAUUUGGACUAAUCGAGGAAUAUGUUAAAAAUAAUAAUAAUAAAAAUAUCAGUAUCUGAAAUCAUUCUAACAGUUGCCGAACAUUGCCCAGCAGAUCAGUUUUUAUUAAUAAAUAGAUUUGUUCCCAAUUUUUAUUUGAUUAAAAAUGCAGUGUUUGAAUAUAAUAAAAAA